GAGAGCACAGUCAGCACUCCGGCGAUUUGCUACCUGUUUCAGAAAGACGCACGAGUGCGCUUUACCUCUCCAGGCACAGCCAAAUGGACCCGGCGGACUWGACGUGKURARAUGUAAAAGGCACCUAAAGAAAURAGCAAUGUCUUACAGUUGCAUUAUSCGCUGCCYCAGGUUAUUACUUCUGUGUUUUUUGAGGAGGUAACAGAGGAGGAUAUUGCAUGCCAACAUGGAUUGCCUUUUUCUUUUGAUAUGGACUUUGCCUAUCCCACUUGUCAGCUGCACAUCAGUGAAGAUUUUAUCCACUCUGUGGUUCUGGAACACAUUGAAGACGCUGCAUAUCUACUGCUCACAUUCCAUUUACUCUGUUUCGUCCACUUUUGCCAGUGACACCAGUGGACUGAAUCACGAUUACGUGUUUGUGACGCCAAUUGAGGUGGAUGCUCAGGGUGGGUAUGUGUCUCACGAUAUGCUGCGGCGAGGCCGGCAUAAGAGGUCCCUGCCGUCCAUGGGGGGCCCUGUACACUACAGACUAUCUGCCUUCGGGUGGGACAUGCACCUGGACUUACAGCCUUCCAUGGUAGUGGCAGAGGGCUUCACAGUACAGGUACUGGGGACAGAGGGCAUCACCACAUUGGCGCAGGAGCCAGCCCAUCAGGACUGCUUGUAUCAGGGAUUUAUACACAACCUCACAGCUUCCUCUGCAGCCAUAUCUACAUGUUCUGGCUUGUCAGGUCUGAUCCGGAUGUCUGAUGAUGAGUACUUCAUCGCCCCCUUGCCCCAGCACCUAGCUGCAGAACACAACUACAGCUCCCCGAGUGGACACCACCCACACGUGGUCUACAAACGCUCGGCUGAACACAAAGUCCAUGGUGGCCAGGGAUCUAUCCACAACUCGCAACCUGACAACCCAUAUCUACAGCACCAUCACCAGCAUCACCACGACUACCAGCACGGGAAGCUGCAGAGACAACACUUCUGUGGACGCCGCAAGCAAUACACUCCCAAGCCCCCUGCUGAGGAUCGUCUCGUCAUGCCUGAUGAGUUUGAGCUCCCAGGCAGGGCGAAGCGAUCACCCAUCACAUCGAACAAGGUGGGGGGCCUGAAUGUGGAAACGCUGGUGGUGGCAGACAGGAAGAUGCUGGAGAAACACGGCAGAGAGAACGUCACCACCUACGUCCUCACUGUUAUGAACAUGGUUUCCAGCCUUUUCAAAGACGGCACCAUCGGAACUGAUAUCAACAUUGUGGUGGUCAGCCUGCUUCUUCUAGAGCAAGAUCCACUCGGCCUGUCCAUCAACCACCACGCCGACCAGUCUCUCAACAGUUUCUGCCAGUGGCAGUCGGGCCUGAUCGGUAAGCGCCACGACCACGCCGUGCUCCUCACCGGCCUGGACAUCUGCUCUUGGAAGAACGAGCCAUGUGACACCCUGGGUUUUGCUCCUAUAAGUGGAAUGUUGUAUGCACCAGUCCCUCCUGCAGCWAAGCACCCCCAUAACAUGAUGSUGCCAUCCCCYUGCUUCARGAAGAGAACGCCUGCCCUAACCUAUGUCACAUCUGUGUCGGGUCUACAUGUGUUAAUUGUGUGUUGCUUUAGGCCACAACACAACGGGAAGUUUUGCCAGGGCUCCGCUCGUCUCAACCAGCUGUGUAACACAAAGCCGUGCCAGCCAAGCGGAGUGGACUUCCGUGCCCAGCAGUGUGCUGAGUACAACAGCAAACCCUUCAGGGGCUGGUACUACAAAUGGAAGCCCUACACCAAGGUGGAAGCUGAGGAUAUCUGCAAGCUGUACUGCAUCGCUGAGGACUUUGCCUUCUUCUUUGCCAUGGCCAGCAAAGUCAAGGAUGGSACAUCRUGCUCAGACCACAGAGGUGACGUGUGCAUCGAAGGAGUCUGUGAGCCGGUGGGUUGUGACCAGGUCCUGGGCUCUAAGGAAACUCUGGAUGCCUGUGGAGUUUGUAGAGGGGACAACUCCACCUGCAAGUUCUUCAAAGGCCAUUACGUCCUCCAGCACAGAGCAAACGAAUACUACGCCAUGGUGACCAUCCCACCUGGAGCACGGAGCAUCCAUGUUCAGGAGAUGGAGAUCUCCACCAGCUACCUGGCUGUACGCACCCUGAAGAGGAAGUACUAUCUGACAGGGGACUGGACGGUGGACUGGCCUGGAAAGUUCCAGUUCGGUGGGACGGUGUUUGACUAUCAGCGCUCUUUCAACCGCCCAGAGAGCCUGUACACGGCUGGACCCACUAAUGAGACCCUGGUCUUUGAAAUCCUGCUGCACGAAAAGACAAGGCAAACUGAUAGGAAUGAUGUCUGUCUGCCUCGCUCUCCUUCUCUCUCUCUUUUUUUCUCAAUUUCAGGUCGGAUCUCGACAAAAGCCAUCUGUUUGCAAGAUCAGCGGACCCAAGUCAACUCGACACAGUGCAACCCUCAGACCAGACCAGUGCUCAGCUCUCACCUGUGCAACACGCAGCCCUGCCCAGCCUACUGGACGACAGGGAACUGGGGGCCCUGCAGUCAGUCCUGUGGGGGCGGCCAACAGACACGUCACCUCCAGUGCUUGCGCAAGGUGACGUACCAGCGGGAGGAGGUGGUGGCUCACUCCCUGUGCCCCGUCAUCGCCCCAGCCCAGGUGCAGCCUUGCCACACCCAGGCUUGCCCACCUGAGUGGAGCUCUGGGGCCUGGUCACAGUGUUCCAAGUCGUGUGGGCGUGGGAUGAGGAAGCGUGGCGUGUUCUGCAGAAGCACUGACCCCGGAGCAAAGGCUGUGGUGGUGCCGGACAGUAUGUGUAAGCCACACCUCAAACCCAAGGCCCAAGAGACCUGCGUUCUGCGUCGCUGCCCCAAGAAUGACCGGCUGCAGUGGUUCACAACACCCUGGGGCGAGUGCUCCACAUCCUGUGGCCCAGGUGUCAGAAGGAGAGAGCUGCGUUGUGGGGAGAGGGAUUCACAGGGGGACUACACAGACUUCCCUAUGAGAAGGUGCAGGAACCUUCCCAAACCCUCUGGGGAUCUCCAGCAGACCUGCAGCAGGGGGCCGUGCCCAGAGCCUCGACUUGUCGUCCCAGGAAGGACAGCCAGUGCAGUGGUCCUGGGCUGGUACUCUUCUCCUUGGCAGCAGUGUUCUGUAUCCUGUGGGGGAGGGGUACAGUCCCGUUCUAUCCAGUGUCUGAGACAGGGACGUCCUGCAGCUGGUUGCCUGAACCACCAGAGACCCGUAACAUCCCGGGCCUGCAACACACACUUCUGUCCUGCUCCUCCUGUUCACGUACCUGCCCACGUUCCAGCUCCUGCGCCAACAUUCAAAGACGAACCGUCUUGUGUUGACUUCUUCAGCUGGUGUCACCUGGUUCCUCAGCACAGUGUGUGCAAUCACAAGUUCUACGGACAGCAGUGCUGCAAGUCCUGCAGUGGCAAAAAGCUAUAAGAUCGGAGGACUCCUUAUUCCCAUGAGCCUCUAGCUGCAAAUUGGAGGGAAAUUGCAUAAUAUGCCCUACAACUCUAAAGGGACACUGUGGUUCAAAAAUACAUUUUUGGGCCAUAAUGCAUAAGAGAACUGAGGCGCAGUCUUUGUUCCUGGAGUACUUGACUAACAGUGAUUAGCGAAAUAAAAGAGAGUCAUCUCCGUGUUUGUGAACACGUUGUGCUAAUGAUGGCAAUGUGGGCAAAGACAUUCAUGCUAAAGCAGCAUCUUCUCAUAACUGGAAAUACAGUGCAACAAAUGAUUGCAGGACACUCUCUGUGUAAAUGCAUGUGUUGUAUGUCCAGACAUUGUCGACAUCAAAAGAGCUCUAAGAAGAUCUGCAUUUUAGCUCACUAAUGUUUUUUAUUAUAUUUAAAGGCAUCUGGGUUUCAGAUGACAUUUUAAGUUAUUAUGGCCCACAUGUUAUUUAGCAUUUGUCAGGUGUACCAUGGGCUUUGUGUGCAGCAUGUGCGCCAUGAUUCAAGCUCUCUACAUGUAGAGGUAUGCCUACCACAAACACUCAGCAGAUUCAAUCAUUAGACUGUACAUUAUACAUGUAACACUUUCAAACUUGAUCACAACUCUCAUAUGCACUUAUCAGGCCUGGUCCCUCUAUCUGUCACGGUUCGUAAUUGGUGCUUUAUUGUGUAACGAGAUACAGUACUUACAGUACAUGUGUACAUUCCAUACAUCGUCAUGUUGUGAAUACAUUACCUAUUUGUAUAUGAGAAAAUAACAUUUGCUUACCCAUAUUGUAAUGUAUCCUCCAAGUGUCUUGUGAAGAUAUUGGUGCAAUUCUGACAGCUGGCGGGAUACCGUAUGUUCUUUCCCCAUCCAUCAUAAUGAUAAGUAAACAUCCUCUGUCUAUUGGACCAGCAGCACUGAACCUAGGUCCCUUCACACCGGGUAGAUAUGAUGCCAAAUCAUUAACUAGCGCUGGGUAUAGCCACAGAGGAUCCCCCAGACUUCCACCACUCAUUAAUGAAAAUCAAUGUCUGCAGGCUAGUAAAGGGAGCUGUGGACGGGGCCGGGUCAGACAAGAUGCUUUAUUUCCUCUGCCUGGCCAGGUGGGAGAUGUGGAGAGAAGUGGUGGGCGAGAGCUGGCGGAAUAGUUGGGAGGGAAGAGGGGGUAGCCAGGGUUGAGGUUGUCACUUGCUCUCGACAUACUUUUUCAGAAUGCUAAUUAGUCACAGAGCCUGGCGUGGUGGGAGCAGACCGACUUUAGGGGGGCGCAGAGCAGACCAACAAAGGCCUCUAAAGAGGGCUGCUGCAUUCUUCCCUCUGUUUACUCUGCCCCUGCUCUCACCAUCCAGACCAGCUCUGUUUGGUUUGUUUGAGAAAAUGCCAGCGUCCCUCCACUCCCCCGCUCCCUCUCUCGUGACCCCCACCUUCAUUUUUAGCAUCAGUCAGUGCUAUGAAGUACUGUAGAUCGCAGCUACAUGAUGGUAAAUCCCAUUUUUGCACUAUUGGCCAUGUGGAAGGCAAUGGGAUAGCCAAUUGUACAGACAGCAAAGGCAACCUACUUCCAGCCAGCAGGGAGAGAAACAGGAAGAGCAUGGCUAGAGUAUAGGAUGUCGUUUGCUGUAAAUCAUAAAGAUCCUACGUCUCCCCCUGCUCCCCAGAGAGGGAUGGCCCCAUACAGAGAGAGAUGUCUGGUCUGGUCAGAGGCUCUGUGACCACGGAGUUGUUUUUCCUCCUCCUCAGCCUGCUCUCCAUCAGUGGCUUGGAAUGGAGAGUGUAGAGGGACAGAGAGAGAAAGACUGAUAUGAUCGUGAAGGACAUUCCUGAGCGAUGGCUCUCUCGGUCUCUGGUCUGGCCUGCUCACGGCUAACACUGUCAUUAUCAUGGGAGGCUACCAUUCCUUCCAAUACCACAGCUUCCUCCCCUGCCUUCACCAGGCCUGAACAGCAUCUCUGCAACCUACGCUCACAAAGGGUCAAGAUGGACUGUUGACUGUUCCUUCUCCCCUUCUUGCUAUACUCGCAUGGUCAUUUCAUGUUUUUGUUUGUUUGUUAUAUUGGUUAUGAACUAGUUUCCGCCAGGGAUGGUACUCUCUCUGUAUUAUAAAACCACUCAAUUAGUUUCCGGGUCCCUGUGAAUUGUAUGUGUGAAUUAUCUCCAGUUUAUUGUGCUGAACUAAUGCUCUCAAAUAGACUUUCAAAUGUCACAUUGGACUGUAGGAGGACAUGGGAGUGGGGAAUAUUUGAUUUUACGUGUGUUUUUCAUCAGCCUUGCAUCAUUCAUAUUUCUAUAUGUGUUGUUCGUGUUAUUUUCUAUGUCCUGUACAGUUGUUGUAUACUCUAUUGUCUUUUCACCUGUAAAGACAGGAAAAGUGUGUAAUUUAUUACUGUUUCAUUGGAUCUGAGAUACUGAACACUAUUGGUUGAGAGGGGAGCUGCUUGUAAUAUAGAGCAUGAUCAGUGUAAUAUUUAAUACUUUUUCUCAAAGUUUUAUAAUAAAACUAUGACAAGA